AUGUUGAAUCGAAUUGGGUUUGCAUCAGCUAAUCUACAAGCAGCAUGUGCUGGUUUGAAACAAUACUCGGCUAUUUUUGCACUAGCUUUUGUCCUCAUUGUACUUCAACUUGCUUGGAUGUUGUUGUGGGGUGUUGCUAGCUUAGGUAUGCACCGAGUUUUUGUUGAAUCAGAUCCAGAUUGUGAGCGAGAGCUUCAUCUUGCUGCACGUGGUCGCAGCCAUGGAGGACUUUGUGUGGGAUUACCAGCUUAUGCUGCUGUGUUUUACAUGCUUAUAAGUGUGUACUGGGGCCAGCAAGUAUUGCAAAACAUUUUGACCUGCACGACGGCAGGCGUCAUUGCGACGUGGUGGUAUCAACCUAAUGCACAGAAAGCGACGAUUGGAGCGCUGUAUCGCUCGGUGACAACGAGUUUUGGGUCCAUUUGCUUUGGUUCGCUGAUUGUGGCAGUUCUUCAGGCGUUGAGAACUAUGGCGGAUACGGCUCGACGCCGUGCUAGUGAAGAGAACAACAGCGGACUGGCGUGUUUGGCAUGCAUGGCUGAAUGCAUUCUGAGCUGCUUAACUAACAUUAUGGAAUACGUAAAUCAGUGGGCGUACGUAUACGUCGGCGUGUACGGCUAUUCCUUCCGCACAAGUGGAAAAGCGGUCAUGGAUCUGUUCAAAAACCGCGGUUGGACGGCUGUGAUUAAUGAUGACUUGACGUCAAGCGCACUUUCGUUUGGUGCAAUGGGCGUCGGUGUUGUUACGUGCUGUGUUGGACUUCUCAUGGUGCGUUUUUCACCUGUGGAGUGGUUUACAGCGUUGGGUUUUCGUACGAACGUUUACGCAACGAUGGGUUUCAUUGGUUUUAUGGUGGGUAUAAGCAUGGCUUUAAUCUUGGCACAUGUAAUCAUUGCUGCUCUCCACACUAUCUUUGUUUGUUUCGCUGAGGAUCCUGUGGCAUUCAAUCGUAACCAUCCGAAGGAGUAUGAUGAUCUAGUGGAUGGCUGGCGCCAAUUCCAUGGUGAUGCGUUGUUAUUUGCUUAUGGUGGAUCCGUCUAA